AUGUCCUCACAAGCAUGGGAACGGGAACAACAGAACAACUCACGGCUCGACGAGCUAGCCAGCAAAGUCUCCGCGCUCCGAGGCGUCACUGUCGACAUCUACGACAACGCGCGCGACCACACGCUCAUCGACAACACAUCCGACACCUUCUCGUCCCUCGGUACAACCCUGAAAGGUUCCGCCGGGCGACUGACGCGCAUGGCGCAGAGCGGGAAUAAGGUUGCGAUACUCAAGUUGAGUGGGAUUAUCAUUGGGACUAUACUAGUCCUGUACUGGGGUUUCAGACUUGUCUUUUGA